ACAGUACUAUUUUCUCCCUCUCUCUCUCCCUCCCUCUCCCCUGCUGCACCACCACACCACAACCCAAAGCAAAAAAUAGAGAGAGAGAGAGAGAGAGAGAGAGAGAGAUGGGUGUGAGAGUGAUGAGCUUUUCUUUCGUAUAAUGAGCAGAGGACCAAAACCUCUUCUUCUCAGAAGAAGAUGGCAAUGAAUCACGACCAACACCAAAACCCACAAAGCCAUUCACUUUUGCUGGAUGCUUUGCUCUGUGAGGAGGACAAGUGGGAGGAGGACGAUGGAGAGGUGGUGGAACAAGAAGUGAGUAGUGGUGAGAACUACAACAAUGGCGUCAGUGGGAAAAACCCAAACUUCCCUUCUCUGUUUCCCAUGCUCCUGUUGGAACAAGAUCUGUUCUGGGAGGAUGAUGAGCUUGUUUCUCUCUUUUCCAAGGAGGAGCAGCAACAGACGCAUUUCGUCAAACACAUGGAGGGCAUGGGAACAGAGGACUCUUUGAUCUCCGCGGCUCGCCGUGAUGCCGUGCUGUGGAUGCUCAAAGUGAACGCCCAUUACGGGUUCACAGCCCUCACUGCAAUCCUAGCCGUUAACUACUUCGAUCGGUUCAUCUCAAGCCACCAUUUCCAGAGAGACAAGCCGUGGAUGGUCCAGCUUGUGGCUGUCACUUGCCUCUCUCUGGCUGCCAAAGUGGAAGAAACCGAAGUUCCUCUGCUUUUAGACCUUCAAGUGGAGGACACGAAGUACUUUUUCGAGGCGAAAACGAUUCAGAGAAUGGAGAUUUUGGUGCUCUCAGCUCUCCACUGGCGGAUGCAUCCAGUGACGCCACUUUCGUUCCUCGACCACAUCAUAAGAAGGCUCGGAUUGAAAACCCACCUCCAUUGGGAGUUCCUCAAGCGCUGCGAGCGUCUCCUUCUCUCCGUAGUCUUCGAUUCGAGAUUUGUCCGUUAUUUGCCUUCUGUUUUGGCCACUGCAACAAUGAUGCGCGUUAUAGACCAGGUCGAGCCUUGGAAUGCCAUUGAAUACCAGAACCAGCUUCUUGGUGUUCUCAAAAUAAGCAAGGAAAAAGUGAACGACUGUUACAGUCUGAUAAUCGACUAUGAUUACGCCUGCAGCAACAACAAAAACAGCACCAACAAACGCAAGCAUGAUCAAAUCCCGGGCAGCCCAAGUGCGGUGAUUGAUGCAUAUUUCAGCUAUGAAAGCUCAAAUGAUUCGUGGCCAGUGGGAUCAUCAGUUUCUUCAUCCCCACAAGCACUUUUCAAGAGGACCAGAAAAGCAGAAGCAGAAGAGAAAGAGAAGAAAUUGGCCUCACUCAGCAGGCUCUUUGUGGGCAUUGUUGGUAGCCCACCUUAAUUAAUCUCAUUAUUUAAUUUCUCUUCCAAUCUAAAAACCCAAAAAAAAAAAAAAAAAAAGAUUUUAAAUCCAUGCUUAUCAUGGUAAUUUCCCUUUUGGUGAAAAUCUGAAGUGCUGAGCUGCUGCCAUAGAAAUGCAUUUCUCUGGUUUAAUUUUGAAGGACAAUGGCCACAGUUUUACAGUCAUGUCCCGGGGACUAGGAGAUGAUGGAGCUGUGGGGAUUAUUUACUAUUACUUGAUGGCAAUUUACAGCAAAGAGGAGGGGCAGGAUUGGUAAUUUAACAUAGAAUACUCUUCGGUCUGCUUCUCUCUAAAAUUUUAUGGGGCACUCAUAUCGUAUAUGUUCCUCUUUGUUUAAGUCUCUAUUGGAACCAUUUGGACAUAUUAUAUUUAAUAAAUAAAUUUAAACACCAGUUUUGUUCA